AUGGGUGACUUUGAAAAGGGAAAGAAGAUCUUUGUGCAGAAGUGUGCCCAGUGCCACACCAUGGAGAAGGGGAGCGAGCACAAGACUGGCCCCAAAUUGAAUGGGUUCUUUGGCCGAAAGACCGGCCAGGCUCCCGGGUUCUCUUAUAUCAACACCAACAAGAACAAAGGCAUCACCUGGGAUGACAAUACAUUUAUGGAACACCUGGAAAACCCCAAGAAGUACAUUCCAGGAACAAAGAUGAUCUUUGAUGGCAUGAAGAAGGCACAGAGGGCCAACUUGAUAGCCACCAAUGAGUAA